AUGACACGCCGGUGGGCUCGGAGAGUCGAGCGAUACUGCUGCACCUGCGCGACCUACUUCCCGCUCGUCUUCGUCUACGGCCUCACCAGCUGGGCCGCCUUCGUCGUCGUCCACCUCGGAUCCUCGGUCACGAACCUCAAAUACAUAGGUCCGUGGUCAUCCGCGUUGAGCUUCACUCUCUACCUCCUCCUCAACUGGUCGUAUACGACGGCCGUCUUCACACCGCCCGGUAGCACGACGAAUUACGAUGGAUACAGCACCCUGCCCACACACGCACCGCCCAGCGCGACGUCCUUCACAGUCAAGUCCAAUGGCGAACAUCGCUACUGCAAGAAGUGCCAGGCCCGGAAACCGGAUCGUGCGCACCACUGCUCCACGUGCAGGCGAUGUGUCCUGAAGAUGGACCAUCACUGCCCGUGGCUUGCUACCUGCAUUGGGCUCCGAAACCACAAGGCCUUCCUGCUAUUUCUCAUCUAUACCACGCUGUUCAGUCUCUCCUGCUUCGUCAUCGCCGGAAGCUGGGUGUAUGGAGAGCUUGCCAACAACAACACCUACGUCGACAGCUUGAUGCCGAUCAACUACAUCAUACUAUCAGUGGUGGGUGGAAUCAUCGCCCUGGUCGUGGGGGCCUUCACAGCUUGGCACAUCAGCCUGGCGGCCCGGGGCCAGACCACCAUCGAGUGUCUGGAGAAGACGAGGUAUCUCUCGCCGCUGCGCAAGUCGAUGCAGCACGCCUACAUCGCACAACACAACGGACAGGGCGUGAACCUCCCGAGAUAUGGCCAGCAGCUCCUCGACAUUCACCAGAACGCCAUCCCGGGAGUGACCCGACCAGAGGAGGGCGAAGAGUUCCGUUCCGCGACACCCACGCAGGCUAUCCCUCUGAACGGGUCUGCCGACUCUAGCCCGGAGCCCCGACAGCUGUCAUACGACGAGCUCGAGAGAUACCGCGCACGCAAACGCUAUGAAGAGUAUCUAGACGAGCAAGACAGCGCCAAGCUCCCCAACGCCUUCGACCUCGGACCGAAGCGCAACCUGCUGCAUCUGUUCGGGCCGAACCCGUACCUCUGGGCGUUCCCGAUCUGCAACACGACCGGAGACGGCUGGGCAUGGGAGCCGUCGCCGAAGUGGAUAGAGGCGCGAGACCGCAUUCGCCGGGAGCGCGACGAGCAGCGGGAGCGGGAGCGCCGGGCCGGGUGGGGAGGCGGCGACGACACGCCGGCGCAGACGCCCACGACGACGACGACCACCUUCGCCACGCAGCGUGUGGAAGCUACGCUCGGCAGGCAGUACCAUCCGCCGGGCCCAUCGCCAGGUCCCGCAGCGCCAGGCUCGCGUAAGACCCCGAGCAAGGCGGACCGCGUGCUGGGCCGCGACCCGAACCUCUACGCCGAUCAGGAGCCGGAGGCCGUGAGCAUGAGGCGUUUGAGCCCGAACGGCCGCAACCUGGGAGGAGGAGGAGGAGGAGGAGGAGAGGAUGACGACGACGACGACCUAUUCGACACCAGCAGCGACGAGGAGCGAGACAGCAGGGCAGAGGCGGAGCACAAGGCCAUGAAUCUAGUCACGAACGGUGGGUGGGCACGCAGCGGCGCCAGCGGGCUCCUGCGGAAGCCGUCACGCAACAACUCCCGGAGCAGGCUCGUGAACGAGGACGACGGGGUUGACUAA